CGAUCACAGCCACGGGAGCAGGGGGAGGAGGAGGAGGGUUCGCUGUUUCCUGUAUGAAUAGUAAAAGCAAACCACGUGGUGUAAAAGCAGACUGCAGCUUCUUUUGUUCAAAUCAAUCAAAACGGAGACGGACUGAGAGCUGCUCAUUCAGGAAAUCACCGGAGCGGACCGCGUUUGGACAGAGAUGCCCCGUAAGAAGGUGACAGAGGUGUCCGGGAACGGAGCCGUGAAAAAGAAGAAAACCGGAGGCAAGAGGAAGGAGAGGGACUUCAGCAGCGAUGAAGAGUUUGACUUUGAGCAGGAGAACAACAAGAAGCCAGGGAGACCGGCGACCAAGUCCGGUCUGCAGCCCGUCACUGUGGCAGACGACCUCAAGGAGAAAAUAAAACUUGAGUGUCCAAAGGCCAAAGGACAGUUGCUAAUCUUUGGAGCGACCAACUGGGAUUUGAUCGGAAGAAAAGAGGUUCCCAAACAACAAGCGGCUUUCCGAAACCUGGGGCAGAACCUGUGGGGGCCUCAUCGUUACGGCUGUCUGAACGACGUCCAGGUGAGCAGUGUGGUGUCAGGGCCGUGUGCAGCCUUCAGCCUCAUCAUCACCGCAGAGGGAAAACUCUGGAGCUGGGGACGAAAUGACAAAGGGCAGCUGGGACACGGAGACACCAAACGCCUGGACGCGCCCAAGCUCAUCGAGGCUCUGGCCGAUCACGUGGUCGUAUCUGCAGCCUGUGGACGCAACCACACACUGGCCCUGACAGAGGACGGCACGGCCUACUCUUUUGGCGAGAACAAACUGGGGCAGCUGGGACAAGGCAGCCAGACGGACGCCGUGCUGAGCCCCGCCACAAUCUCGUACAACGGGCAGCCUCUGGUGAAGGUGGCGUGUGGGGCGGAAUUCAGCAUGGUGGUAGACUGCAAAGGAAACCUUUACUCCUUUGGCUGUCCAGACUAUGGACAACUGGGUCACAACAGUGAUGGCAAGUACAUCGCCAGAUCUAAUAGAAUCGAGUUUGACUGUGAGCUGAUCCCGCGGCGAGUGGCCCUCUUCAUAGAGAAGUCCAAAGAUGGUCAGAUUAUGCCCGUCCCAAACGUGGUGGUGCGAGAUGUGGCCUGUGGAGCCAACCACACACUGGUGCUGGACUCUCAGAAGCGUGUGUUCAGUUGGGGCUUUGGGGGCUACGGGCGUCUGGGUCACACGGAGCAGAAGGAUGAGAUGGUUCCUCGUUUGGUGAAGCUGUUUGACUUCCCCGGCCGCGGGGCGUCUCUCAUCUACACCGGGUACCAGUGCUCCUUCGCCGUCAACGAGAUGGGAGGUCUGUUCUUCUGGGGGGUCACCAACACCAGCAGAGAAUGCACCAUGUACCCCAAGAUGGUGCAGGACCUGUGCGGCUGGAAGAUCCGCAGUCUGGCCUGUGGGAAAAGCAGCAUCAUCAUCGCUGCGGAUGAGAGUACAAUCAGCUGGGGUCCCUCGCCCACCUUUGGAGAGCUGGGUUACGGAGACAACAAAGCCAAGUCGUCCACCAGCGCUCAGGAGGUCAAGACCCUGGACGGGAUCUACGUGGAGCAGGUGUCCAUGGGCUACUCCCACUCUCUGAUUAUUGCCAGACAAGAUACUGAGCAGGAGCAGGACAAACUCAAGAAGCUGCCAGAGUACAACCCUCGGACAGUGUGAGGCUCUGGGGCCCUGGGACCCUGGGGUUCUUGGGUUCUGGGGCCCUGUGGUCAGGCAGUGGACCACAGCCUCGUCCCUUCAGACUGAACUGGCUCUACACUGUCACUGUUCGGUGCCACGGUUUACACUCUCUUUACACUCCACAGUGCUUCCUCCUGCUCUCUGAAGCGGUGUUUGGUUCUUGUUCUGGGUGCAGUAUUGAUGGCCGUUUGAGGCGUGGAUCUCGUCUGUGCCUUGGGCGCUUGUGUAGUUUAGUGUUGGUGGAUGUGGCAGCAGGGUUUGUGAAGCUGCCAAACAUGCAAAUGAAUUUUGUACUUUUUGACUUUCGUAUUCACUGUUACAUUCCUUUGUGUUCAGUGUUGGCAUCAUAGAUGCAUACCUCAGUCUGUUAGACUUGUGACCACGUUUCUUUUUAAACGCUCAAAGCGACUUCUGGAGCAGCUGAACUGGAGCCUGCACUGUGCGAGUGGAGGCCAUGGAUGUUUUAGCUGUUCUUUUAUUGUGACAUUUUUCACUUCAUUUUCUUGUAAAAUGAUCCAAUAAAGUUCUAGUAAAAUGUU